GUUAGGCAAAUGAUUCAUGUUUCAGAGGAAAACAUGUAUCCUCUAUGGUCUGACGCAGAUGAGCAUACGGAUCCACACCUAGACGAGCUAAUUAAAGAUCUUAUUCAUAACCGUUUGUCUCUAGAUGCUUGGAGUUGUGUCAAAACAGUUGGUAUAAGUUCAUAAAAGAAGAAAAGAAGUGUUGAAGCUGAUAAGGUGAAUGACAACAGAGGGUGCAAUCCUAAGAAAAAGAGAUCCUAAAAUGUGAACAAGGAGAAAAUGUAACCAACAUGGAGGAUGGUAAGGAUGACAAGUCAAUUUCUUUGGAUAUUUGGAGGGCGAUUGAGAAAAUGAAUGAGACUAUUUCUGACUUGGACAAAACACUCAACAGUCGAUUAGAUGCUUUGGAGAGCAAAUUUGAAACAUUUGUUGAAAAAAAAAUGACUGUGUUAGAAGAGAAGAUGAGUGAGAGGAUUAAAGCAGUGGAGAAAGAAAGAAAAGAGCCAAAAGACGCUGAUGGACCAAAAUAUGCCACUUCGCACACCAUUGAAGAUGAUGAGGGAACAAGUAAAGCACCUUCAUGGAUUGUUGAGAUGAAGCAGACAUCACAUGAUGAAUUUCUCACUCAAAGGGUUGUGAGGAAGGUAUACACUGUCAACAAUAAGAGGAAGGAAGAAGAUGAGAUAUCAGAGAAUCUUCCUCUCUUUGAGAAGAAGGAAUCUGUUAAGGUUGAGAAGAAGAACACUUCCAAGAAAAAGAAGAAAAAUGGUCAUCAUUCUGACGAUGUUGAAGAUAUUACUACCCAAGUUCAGAAGGCUCAGUUGAAAAUAGCUUCCAGUUCUGAAGAGACAUGGUCCAACCAGGAGGAUCAGUUAGCUAGUAAGAAACUCGAGGUGACACUAAAAAGCAUUGGAGAUGCUUUAACGAAGUUGGAUGGACCUGGACCUUCGAAGCAGCCAAGACGCGUCCCACAAUUGGCGGAAUCGCAGAAAUAUCCUUACCUUGGUAACUCGACAGUCAAGCGGAUCAUUACAGAGGGUGAAGCUCAGCUCAGCGAUCAUCUUAAGCCUGCAGAUGAUGAGAAACAUCAGAGACUUAUGGAUUUCCUCAGCCUUGAUAAGGAAGAACCACUUAGCACCAGCAAUGCAGCUGUGAGAUUCUAUUGGAAAAUUAUGACUCCAAGGAAACAUUGGCCAAGCAAUGACUAUGGAUGGUUGACAGAUCAUCACAUGGGUUGUGCAAUGGCUAUGUUCCGGAGAAGAUAUAUGCGUGAGCCUUGUCUUUAUCCUAAACAACGCAUUGCCUUCUUAGAUCAAGAUCUGAUCACAACAUUGUGA